AUGCGGCUGCUUUUCGAGGCAGCGGUUCUGUGCCUGACCCUGGGCUUAGGGCAAUGCACCGAGAAAACAACACAGGAGGACACCGUCCACCAAGCUCCCCAAGCAGUCUCAUCCUAUUCAGAAUGGGGCAUCGAGGCCCUCCGGGACAGCUUCGAAACAGUUAACAGCUACUUCGACUCCUUCUUGGAACUGCUUGGGGGAAAAAAUGGCGUUUGUCAGUACAGAUGUCGAUACGGGAAGGCUCCAAUGCCACGACCUCACUACAAACCCCAAGAACCCAACGGCUGUAGCUCCUAUUUUCUGGGGCUCAAGGUACCCGAAAGUCUAGAUUUGGGCAUCCCUGCCAUGACCAAGUGCUGUAACCAGCUGGACAUUUGUUACGACACCUGCGGAGCCAACAAAUACCGCUGCGAUGCCAAGUUCCGCUGGUGCCUCCACUCCAUCUGCUCCGACCUCAAACGCAGCCUUGGGUUCGUCUCCAAGGUGGAAGCUUGUGAAUCCGUCGCAGACACAGUGUUCAAUGCCGUCUGGACCCUGGGUUGUCGGCCUUUCAUGAACAGCCAAAGGAGCGCCUGCAUUUGCAGUGAGGAAGAACGAGAUGAAUUGUGA